CUGCUGCUUUUGCAGUGGUAUUAUCAAAUACCGCAUUGUUUCUACUCUUCUGGCGUUACUGCUUCAUGAAAGUCUUAAUUCACGAGAAAAAUUUAGCAUCAUACUUGCCAUUGGUCACUGCACAGAGGAUUGUGAGAAAAAUCAGUAUGAAUUUUUAAAAAACAAUGGGCUUCCACUGAUGAUUCAAGCCUUAACUGAAUUUAAGAAUGAAGACGUAAACAGAGCUGCUACUUAUGUGCUUCAGAACUGCAAACAAAUUACUGAGAAAUUAUCUCUAAGUCUAAGACAGAAUUCUUUUGGUGAAAAUGAAACAGAACUAAAGGACAUAAAUGAAAAGGAGACUCUUGGAGAGCACUGGAAGGCAGCAAAGGAAAUUAUAUGCAGAAUAAAACAAUUUGAAAAAGGAGGGAAGGAGGAGAGACAACAAAAUGGGAGUGAACAAUCUAAGGAGACGGCCCAGCCUAUGAGAGUAAACAUACAGACCAAUUUGAAACGUCUCUGUGCAGACAGUAUUGGGGGUUCCAGAGCAGAAGAUAAGGAUGCAAACCAGUCUAGACAGCUUCACAGCCAUCAGCCCAGUGGAACCAUGUCUAAAGCUUGUGCAAAUGAAUACCAACUGAAGACUCUUAAAAAGAACACAAAUCCAGUUAGUCCUUUCUAUAGGGAGAAAGGGCAGAAUAAGGUUUCACAUAAAACCACUCCAAGCUGUGCUCAAAACUUAAACGAAGAAAAAACUUUUGACCAAAAGGAUUCUGUUUCUCCAUCAAGUGACCAUGUCCUUAAACAUCUGACUCAUACUGUCAAAGAGAGAAAGCAGCAGGUACCUGAAAUAGAUCCAUUUACAUUGUGCUUAGACAUAAUAGAUAAUGAAGUUGGUUUUCAAGUAACUGACAGCUGUUCCAGAAUGUUAAAACGUGGGUGCUCAGGUUGCAUAGUAGUAAGAAAACUCAACAGCCGAAAUUUUAGCAAGCUUUUGCACUCUUGUGCAUACCGAUGUGAUCAUCAUAAAGUCAUUAUGGAAGCUGAAGACAAAUAUAAAAAUGAACUAAGGAAAACAUUUAUCUGUGCAAAAAAAAUUUUGCUGACACCCUGUAGAAGAAGACUGCUUAGUAAAGAAUCUACUGCCUCUGAAGAACUAAAAAAUGUUCAUCAAAUACCAGAUAGUAAAAAACUUCCAGGUUUGGAGGUACAUGCCUUAAAUACCAGCAUUCCAGAGGCUAAGGAAAGAAGAUCCCCAGUUCCAGGACAGCGUGGACCACAUAGUGAGUUUGAGGCAACUCCAGGCUACUUAGGAAAAGCCCGUCUCAAAAAAAGAAAAAGAGAGAAAAAAGAAAACCUACAAACUUCUUUUACCAUUAUGUGACCUGUUUUGUUUUACAUUUUGAUAAGCUGAGCACCUUUACAAAUAGCAUGUGUGGUUUUUUUUAAGUGAA